UGAGAGGAGAUGACGAGGGUUGGCCAUGGAUGUGAGGGGUGACCAUGAAGGAAGAUGAUGAGGGUUGGCCAUGGAUGUGAGGUACGGCCAUGAGUGGAGAUCGUGAGUGGAGAUCAUGAGGGGAAAUGAAUGGCAGCCAUAAGGGCCACCACCUCCUGACACCCAUGCCCGGAGCAGCGGUGACCCUGGAGGCCUCUGCCAAGGCUGGAGGGGUACGGGGGCGACUCGGAAAUCCCAAGUCUGAGGAGGAAAUGUAGGAGAGUUGCUGGAAAACAGAAGGUUUUGGUUCCUGUUUGGAGUGCUUUGGAGAAGCGUGUCCGAGAUGGCGAGCGUGCUGUCCAGGCGCCUGGGGAAGCGCUCCCUGCUUGGCACCCGUGUCUCUGCCCCCAGCGCCUUGGCCGAGGGGAUGCUGGUGCCCACCCAGAUCCCCGGCUUGCAGACUGACCUCGGGCAGGGGUCUGCCCACACGGCGCUGCGAGAGGACGGGUCCUGUGUGCCAUCGGUGGAAGAGAGCAGCCAGGGACCCAGGUUUCCCAGCCCUGGCUGCCAGCAGCUCUGCGCCGGGCAACAAGUCCUUGUCACCUACAACGGGCAGGAGUGUGCUGGCCUCGUGGAGCAGCACAACCCGCUGAGCGAGAAGGUGAAGGUGCUGCUGCCGGAGCAGGGCUUGCAGGCGUGCUGGAGGGUGCAGGACGUGCGGCCGGCCGCGCUCCAGCCCCCAGCCCUGCCUGCCGCCGGCGGCCCCGGCCCUGCCGAGGCGCUCCAGAGAUCCGUAUCCAGCAAUAUCGAUGUACCCAAGAGGAAAGCUGAUGCUGCUGUGGAGAUGGACGAGAUGGUGGCAGCCAUGGUGCUGACGAGCCUCUCCUGCAGCCCCGUGGUGCAGAGCCCUCCCGCCGGCGAGAGCGGCAUCCACCCCUCACGGGUGGCCUGUGAUCCCUGGAAGGAGAGCGGUGACGUCUCGGACAGCGGGAGCAGCACCACCAGCGGGCACUGGAGCGGGGGCAGUGACAUCUCCACCCCGUCACCCCCCCACCCCGCAGGCAGCCCCAAGUACUCCAUCGAGGCCCUGAGCUCCCCCCAAGUGGACGAUGGCUUCGAGACCGACUCCGACCCCUUUCUCCUCGACGAACCCGCUCCACGCAAGAGAAAGAACUCGGUGAAGGUGAUGUACAAGUGCCUGUGGCCGAGCUGUGGCAAGGUCCUGCGCUCCAUCGUCGGCAUCAAGCGUCACGUCAAGACCCAGCACCUCGGGGACAGCGCAGACUCCGACCAGCGGAAGCGGGAGGAGGAUUUCUACUACACUGAAGUGCAGGUGAAGGAAGAGCCAGCGCCGGAGGCGGCUGCUUCUGCUGCCAGCCCCACGUCUGCCUCCGCUCCCAUCAUCAUCCAGCAAGCCCUGGCCAAGCCGGAGGCGCUGCUGGUGGAGCAGCCAGCGCUGGAGCCCGCCCUGGCCAGCAGCGCCCUCAGCCAGUCUGCCCCCAGCUCCUUCUGGCACAUCCAGGCUGAUCACGCCUACCAGGCGUUGCCCUCCAUCCAAAUUCCGGUGUCGCCCCACAUCUUCACCAGCAUCAGCUGGGCCACUGCCACCUCGACUCUCCCGUCCCUGUCACCGGUGCGGAGCCGGUCGCUCAGCUUCAGCGAACCCCAGCCACCGACGCCGAUGCUCAAGUCCCACCUGAUCGUCGCCUCGCCGCCCAGGGUGUCCAUCGGCACCAGGAAAGUCCGCGGAGAAGCCAAAAAGUGCCGUAAGGUGUACGGCAUCGAGCACCGGGACCAGUGGUGCACGGCCUGCCGGUGGAAAAAAGCCUGCCAGCGCUUCCUGGACUGAGCGCAGCACCGCGGUGCCGCGUCCCCUCCCCUGCUCCUGCCCGGGGAGCACCGGAGGCCCUCACUGCUGCAACCAGGGACCUUGGAGGUACCUCCUGUCACCCCAGAAGACGCCUCCAGAGCUGCGUGUAAAUUCCUCCUUCUGUAUAUUGUACAUCUGCUGGGUUUGCUCUUUUUUUUUU